AUGUUUGAGCAUGAUAAGGAGUCCUUCAAGGAGUAUGCUCAAAGAUGGAGGGAGUUGGCUUCACAAGUUGAACCACCUCUGGCUGAGAAGGAAUUGGCUGAACUGUUUAUCGACACUGUCCAACCUCAAUUCUACGAGAAGAUGGUUGGAAGUGCUUCCCUGGGAUUCUCGGAGCUUGUAGCUAUAGGGGCUCGCGUUGAAUAUGGUGUAAGGAACGGAAAACUGGCGGCUGUAGCAGGAACUUCAAACGCUAAUCAAAAGAAGUUCGUUGGAAGGUUUCCCAGAAAGAAGGAAGGGGAAACAAAUGCUGUGACUGAUGGCCAGGGAAGAGCUCCUCCAAGAAGGAGACCACAACAAUAUCCACCUCAACAGUAUGUUCAACAACCAAUUCCCUAUCAGCAACCCAUGUAUCCCGUCCAGUAUGCUCCGCAACCGUACGUGGCUGCUGUGACGCCUGCAUUCAAUCAACAGCCUGCUCAGGCUUAUCAAGCGCCUCCAGUCUAUCGACCAGCUCCAGUUCAACAACGUGCUGCGGCUCCGCCAGCUUAUCAACAAGCACCAAUAGCUCCUGUUUAUCAACAGCCGAGAGCUCAAGCGCCAAGGCAAAAUGCUCAGAACCAGAACAGGAGGCAAGGGGAGAGGGUGACCUUCAAUCCAAUCCCAAUGACGUACACUGAGUUGUAUCCCUCCCUAUUGAAAAAGGGUUUGGUGGUUCCCAGGCCUAUGGGACCUCCACCUGAUCGUCUGCCUCCAUGGUACAACCCUAAUGCACACUGUCCUUUUCAUGAAGGUGCCCCCGGGCAUGACCUAGAGGGUUGCUACGCUCUGAAGCAUAAGGUUCGUGAAUUGAUUGAGAGCAAGAUCUUAUCUUUUAAGGACAUGGGACCGAAUGUGAAGAACAAUCCUCUUCCUCCCCAUGGUGAUCCUGCAGUAAACGCCAUUGAAGACGCUUCUGUUGGUGUUAUGGUUGAUAAGGUGGAUGAUAUAAAGACUCCUUUGGCAGCAUUCCACACCCGAUUGGUAGAAGCUGGCCUGAUUAAUGUUAAUCAUGACAACUGUGAAGAGUGUGCCACAUACCCAAAGGGAUGUCAGGUGGUACGUGACAACAUUCAAGAUUUGAUGGAUAAAGAAGUGCUUCAAAUAUCCAGUGUUGUGAAGAACGAAGAUGUGUUGGUAAUUGAACCUUGUUUCAAUUUACCUGAACCGGUUGAAAUCCCAUAUUAUAGUGGUGGAGUGGUUCCAGUGAAUAGUAAGCCUUCGCCUGUGGGAAUAUGUAUGCCCACGCCUUUUCCCUACGAGAACACCAAAGCUGUGCCUUGGAAAUAUGAGAUUACUGUUGUGGAUAAGGUUGUUGAAGGAAGUGAAGACGCUGAAGUGACAGAAGCUGUAAGUGAAGACGUCACCAAUAUUGCAGGAAUGAGCAGAAUGACCCGUAGCGGUCGAAUCUAUACGCCUGAAUUCUAUGUGACUCCUCAAGGGCUGGCCAAGGAAUCAACAGUUGUAACUCCUGCUAAAGAACCCGAAGUGGUCUAA